UACAAACUUUAGAUUUUGAUUAAUACUACAAGUAAAAUAAUUGAAACAACUGUGUGUUGUAUACAAUAUAUAGAUUUAAAUAACUUACAUAAGAAUUAAUGCGACCAAAUUAAUCAGUUGAAAAAACAAAUCGACCCUCUCGAAUUAAGAAGAAAAUACAUUUAUUUUCGUGGUUGUGUUUUUUCUACAUAUAAACGACAUCUCACUUUGUCGCGUGAGUUUUUUCUAUUCGCAUUCUCCCCAGAGAAAUUUAUAAUUCAAAAGGUUCGGUCAUUGAACUGACAGCCCCUCCCGUUACUACUUUGAACGAAAUGCUUUUCAGUGAUGUACAAUUUUCCAUUGUCAGUUUAUGCGCGCAUCGUCAUGUGCAACCCUUUGCGCGUAAACGACCCUGCCACCGCGCUCGUGUUCAGCUCGUUUGACCGACAGCGACAAAAUGUUGCAGCCGUCGUGUGUACUCACCUAUUAACCUACCCAUUGUACAUAUUAUAGGUAUUACACCACACGCUUUGUCGUCUCGGGGGAGAAUGUAUAGAUGUAUACAGCCUUUGCCACAGAACAGAUCGUUGUUGUGCAACACUAUUAUAUACCUACGCCUUAGGAUUUAGAGCAUUUUCCUUUAUAUUGUGGUAUACCAGGUGUCUGCAGAACAGUGAUGCAGCGGGGCCCAGCCCAAUUGAGUUCCGUGUCAGACCUGUACGUUAGCGACGAAAUAUCGGUGCUGCUUGAAGAGAUCCACGACCUGGAACCAAAGGGCAACAUCGCUCCCAUCGACGACGAACAAGAGUUCGAGAUCAACGGCAGUCAGACGGGGGGCUCUUGGUUGGAAGUCACCAACAGCAUGGCGGGCACUCCGGGAUCGUGGGAUUCGCACGCCAACUACAAACAUCAGGAGGCGUCCAGGGCCAGAUACAACGGAGUGGUGUUACACUACGACAAAAGGCCAAUGAAGACACCGUCGGGCGUCAUCCGAGUUCUACUGUUGGUCACAUGUGUUUUGUGCAUGUUUUGCCUGUGCUUUGCCGGCACUUCCAGAUUGGCGUUGUUCAUGUUGCCAAUGCUUAAUCGGAUACGGUUCAUACUGUUCGUCACGUUAUUCAAUUUUCUAGUCACCGGAGCCAUACUAUUUUUGGACGUCACACACACCGUAUACUUAUUUCCGUUCAAUUGGGGAAAAUUGAAUGUACUGUUCUAUGUCAUGAUGACCAUAUUGUGUCUCACGAGCUCCUCGUUGGUCCUUCAUCAAGUAUAUUCAUUUCACGAGUUUUACACAUGGGUACCGCGUGCUACGCGUCAUCAAUUGCUUGCUGCUGCAGUUUUAGGUUAUUUGUGUGCACUGGAGACGUUAUUGCUGGCCUUGCUGAGUCGCUGUGAUGGUUUGGGUGGCCUGCAUUACCGCCAAGUCAAAGAUGAUAUGACAAGUCCGCCUAAUACAUUGGCUCUGCGUCAAAGAGUUCCACCACCACCCACAGUAGUGUAUUCACCAUCACCGUCUCCAUCAUUUUGCUUACGAUCCAUCAACCCCAAGUCAUAAUCACUGGUAUCCAACAUAACACCUAUGAAACAAAUAUUUCACCCAGAAACUUAUAAAAGUUAAGACUAGAAACUACUGUACAUUCCAAGUCUUAAAAUAUAUACAUAAUAUAUAUUGUGGUUUUGUGUGUGGAAUUUUAUUGCGACCAAUUUAAAGUAAUAUUAAGUUAUAAAAGUCUCCCCAGAAAUACUUCAUAUAUUUUUGUACUGAUAAAACGUCUUCUACUUGUUUGUUUUUUUUUUUUUUUAUAUUAAUGUAUUUUCAGAUUUUUACAUUUUUUAAUUCACACAUUUGUUGUUAAUUAUUACAAACAAAAAUUUUUGGUUUAUCAAUCAGUAUAUUCAUUUGACCAAAUUAAUAUUUUUUAGAUAUUUGGUUUUCAUUAAACGUGUGUAUUUUUACUUUCUAUUUACUUUCCAUGUAUUCUCAUCUUCAAUAUAUUUAUGUUGUUAAAGUAUAAGUUUCUUAUUACUGGCCGUCCAUUUAAAAUAGAUAAUUGUGCGCUUUACACUGCUACUAAAUAAAAAGCAAUAGUGCUUUUCAACAUCUAAGAUUAUUUCUAUGUCUUAAUCAUUAAAAAUAAAAAAGAUUUCAAUAUUAUUAUUUAUUAUAAUAUUAUAUUAUUCUCUAACAAAAUUUUGCUUUUUAUGUAUUCAAAAAAUUUAAUAUCUUAACUGAAAAAGUAUUUCUUUCUUAAUUAUUUUUAAAUAGGCUUAAGUGUGUUAACAACCUUGGAUAUGCAUACUCAUUAUCUAUUUUAUCAAGUAUUUUAAUUGAACCCUAAUGAUCAAACUACCAAAUUAAACUGAAAUCAUCUUAUAACAAUGGGAAAAUUAAUGUUAUUUUACAAAAUUCAAUGUACUCUUGUUACUUACUAGAAACCAAAGUUCCCGAAAUUUUGUCAUAUCAUUAUAUAGCUAAAAUAUUAUGUGGUCUGAAAUAAACUAGUUAAAAAAAAAUAUAGGUAUUCAUAUUUUAAGAUACAUUACACAUUUUUAUUUUUAUUAUCACUUAAAUAAUUAUAUAACUAUUGACAUAGCCGA